GUUUAUUAUCAAUGAUUUCUGAUAUUGAAUUUUAAGGUGUUAUAUUAUACACGGUUCAGCAAUAGAAACUGUCUAAUUUCCAAAGUUACCUGAGGAAGCUUAAGAUGGAUAUAAGGAGAAAAAUGUGGAAUCAGCACCAUAGCUGCUUUGUUUGGUGGUGCCUUGUGAUGAUUGUGCUGAGUCAGGCGUUUGUGGAGUGCAGCUAUACACGCAAGCGUAAACCGGUUCGUGAGAGAACACUGGAGGAAGAGGAAGAGUUCAAAGCAGUCGUGAAUGCAGUCUCCACAUAUGUGCACGCACCGACCGCCAAGUACCUGGGCAAGAUCUACAGAGGCGAAAACGACGAAUACUACCAGUCAUUCGCCAAUGUUCCCUAUGCUAAACCACCUUUAGAUUGGCUCCGGUGGGAGUUUUUUGUGAUUCCAUGCAUGCUAACACUUCAUCUGGAUAUCAUCAGGCCUGUGGAUCUCGAAAUAGAGCACAAACACAGACUGGAGCAGGAUAUAAUUGGAGCUAAUACCUACGCCGAUGUGUUGGUGUUUCUGCACCCUGGCACAUUCAUGUAUGACAUACCCAUGAACCAUUAUCAGAUGACUGAGUACUUCUGCUGCAACUACAUGCUCUUUGUCUUCGUCAGAUUCCGGCUUGGAAUUUUGGUGAAGUCUCUGUAAUUUGUGGAGACUUGUUUGCGAUCUGAUGUGCCCAAGAAUAAACCAGUUGCAAAAUGAUCUGUAAUGCUAGUCUUGAAAAUUACACCUACUACAUCCUCAUAAUUGGAUGUUUCAUCUUUAUGGAAUAUGUGAUCAAGGGUUGAUAUUGAGUCAUUCUGUACUCUUGUUGGUUCAUUUAUAAACGAUUUUGAACCAUAUUCAUAUGUAACAGACCACAGUACUCAUUCACAAUAUUUGUGUUUUGAUCGAGAUAAAUGGUUAUGUCACCUGUGAGAAU